AUGGACAUCGUGUUGGAACUCACGGAUACCUUUAUUGCCGACUACGCCUACGCGUAUUUGUAUCCAUUUCGGCCGGACCUCUACGACUUUCCCCAUGCGAAUACUGCGAAUUCUUCUACCCAUACAUUCUCGUCAUGGACUUAUAAGCCUGCCACCCAGUUCUUGCAAGUUCAGCCGUCUCGGGCUGCAUACAUGAGCUCCUUGACUCGCGAUAACCCCUAUCGUCAACUAGCUACACUCUUCUUUAUUACAUGGUUUUUCGGCAUUCUGGUGUACUUCGUAUUUGCCACCCUAUCUUACUAUUUGAUCUUCGACAAGCGUACUCUGAACCAUCCGAAAUUUAUAAAAAAUCAAAUUUGGCUCGAGAUCAAACAGGCCAACAAGUCGAUGCCGUUUAUGGCUGUCUGCACUGCACCCCUAUUCUUGCUCGAGGUCCGAGGCUUCGGCAAUCUUUAUGACACGACGGAGGAGGGGCCUGGAAUGUGGUACAACAUCCUACAGUUUCCCCUAUUCUUGCUCUUUACCGACUUUUGCAUUUAUUGGAUCCAUCGGUAUCUUCACCAUCCGUUAAUUUACAAGCAUCUGCACAAGCCUCACCACAAGUGGAUUAUGCCUACGCCGUAUGCUAGUCAUGCUUUCCACCCUCUGGACGGAUUUGCCCAAUCGCUCCCAUACCACAUCUUUCCAUUCAUUUUCCCCCUCCAGAAAGUCGCUUAUGUUUUCCUUUUUGUCUUCGUCAACUUUUGGUCUAUUCUCAUUCACGAUGGCGAAUAUCUCACCAACAACCCUAUCGUUAACGGUGCCGCCUGCCACUCUCUACAUCACUCUCGCUUCGAGGUCAACUAUGGACAGUUCUUUACUGCCUUUGACCGUCUUGGUGGUACCUACCGCAUGCCCGAAGCUUGGAUGUUUGAAAAGGAGAGGAAGAUGUCAGAGAAGCAGUGGAAGAAAGAGUCCAAGACUGUAGAUGAAUUUGUCAAGGAAAUUGAGGGCGACGACGAGCGUACAUACGGCCCCGCCGAAGAGGAAGCCAAGAAGACCAAAUGA